AUGUUAGAUGCAAACUUAGUAUCCAUAAUCUUGAUUAGUACCUUAUCAUUGACUUAUUUUUCUGCUUUUGGAUCGAUCCCAAGUCCGGCAAGACACAAAAUCGAUAGAUUUUUUCGGUUUGAUGAGGAAUCAGACAGUUGGGUACUUAUUAAACUGCCUUAUGAUCUAGUUACCUGCAACAAUGGUAACUGUACUGUAGUGGGUUCUAUCCGUCAAGCACCAAAUAGAACAGAGAAUGUUCGGGUAAAAAAUGGAGAUAGUACUGCACGAAAAGCGAAUAAGGAGAUUUACAGACGACUUUUACCUUUGAGGAAGCGCGUUUCUUUGACAAAAAUGUCGGAUGCAUCCAUCUGGAUCACUGGUCAGAGUGGUUCGAUUUACGAGAGAUUUUGGAAUGGAGUGCAAUGGGUGAUCGCUCCUCAUGAUUUGCCUGAAUAUGCAGAGUCUGCUGUAUCUGUGUUCUUUGUUAAUCAGACAAUUCUUGCCCUCUCAGAAUCUGGGUAUCUUUAUCAGAUGCAACUGAUUGAAAAUUCACAACUACUUUGGACAAAGUUUGAAGCUAGAGUUGACCACAAUGAAAAAGAGGAAAGUGUGAUCAAGUCUGGAGUUGUUACAAAGGAUGGGGAGAGAAUUUACUUCUGCACAAAGAAUGGGUCACUAGUUGAACUUGUUGGGGUCGAACCUCCCAGGUGGGUGAAUCAUGGACAGCCCCCAGGGGCAGAUGUUGCAGGAAUAGCUGAUGUUGAGACACUCAAACCAAACCUUAUCUUCACACUCAGUUCGGCAGGAGAUCUUUACGAGUAUGAUAAAAGCACCAAACCGCCCUGGAAGAAGCAUGUGUGGAGAAAAGAGUCAGCCGAACAUACUUCCUUGUUGUCAUCAGGGGGUUGCAGUGCUCAAGUGAUAGGCAGAACUUCAUCAAUAUCAUUGUUUCUGUUGAACAAGGCCGGUGAAUUUGUUGAGAGGCGACUGAACCAGAGAAAAUGGAAAUGGAUAAUACAUGGGAGACCUGAAGAUCAACUACUGACAUCAAUCACACCUGUUCCAGAAGAUGAAUCUAGUGAGAAGUAUUCAGUGUUCCUAACAACAGCAUCAGGCUCAAUAAUGGAAUAUCAAACAACUAAACAAAUUGGAAUGGUUCAACAACAUCAACUUGAAGAGUCAUGGAUAAAUCAUAUGCAUCCACCACAUGCAAUGGUAGCAAGAGGCAUUGCAGGGAUAGCAUAUCAAUUUGGUAGGUUAAUUUUCCCCCUAGACGAUGGAAGGAUUGCAGAACUUCAUCUUGCAGGCAUUGGAGGUGAAAAUACGGGGCCAGAUCAUCAACCCAAUACCCGAAAAAGAAUAUCAUCGAAGUAUUAUUGGACAACAUUGGAUGCCCCCGAGACUGAAGGAUGGAAUGCAGAGUAUUGCAAAGAGGAGCGCGGACCUUCUAAUUGCCUAAUAGGAGUUAAGGAUGAAACAAAUGACUACACAAAGACAAGAACUAUGACAAGAAGAAGAAAAGGAAUGCAACAGAACUAUUUGAUCCCCAAUGAGUCGAGCAUCAACCUAGAUGAGACCAAGGAAGAUCGUGCGUUGAACAAGAGUUGGGUGGAUUCUAACUUCGGGUUGAGAGUCAUACAAGGAGGCAGAUCAUUUUUUAUGGUGUCAAAGAAUGGUAUGGCUUUUGAGUAUCUAUAUAGUGAUAAUGUAGGACUUUGGCUUAAGCACGAACACCCGACAGCAAUGAAGGGUGCAGUUGGAAGCUACAAUGGAAGUCUGUUCUUGAUCGAUAUCCAUGGCGCUUUGCUUAUAAGAGAAAGAAGCAAUAAUGAGCUUCAAUGGAUAAAUUGUACUUCCAUGAAGAAAGGGAAAGAGCUAAUUGGUGGGCCCCCUUGGGAUAGGAUUCACAGUGCAGGAAAAAGAAUUACAGCAAAUGAUGCAAUUUAUUUCAUAAGCAAGAAGGGAAGGCUACUACAGUUCACUGUUGCUCUCAGAAACUUCAAAUGGAAGGACUGCAAAAACCCAGCAAAUACAAAGAUUGCAACACUAGUUGACCAGGAAAUGUGUAGGGAUAAAGUCAUUUUUGUUAUCGGAAGGAACGGAAGAUUGUAUCAAUAUAACACGUUAUCGGGACUAUGGCAUGAGCAUCACCAAUCUCAGCACCUAAUUCUCUCGAGAUUACCCGGGACAGCUAUUAGACCAUCGCUAUCUAUGGAAUGCUCGCUGUUCAUGAUUUCACAAGAUGGUGGACUAUUUGAAUAUCAUUGGAACUCACUUGAUGGAUGGGUGUGGUUUGAACAUGGCACGCCUAAUGAAGAAGUGAAUAUAGCAGGAGCACCCGGCCCAAGUUUUGAAGGUCAUCAGUUGUUUGUAGUUGGCUCAGACGGAAAAGUGUACUUAAGGUUCUUCAACGGAGGGGAAUGGAAAUGGAGGGACUACGGAUUUCCAGAUUCCGAAACUAUAAAAGUUGAACUAGAUGGCGCGGAAGAGCUGAAACAUCAAAGAAACAAGAGGUUGUGCCAUGAAAAAGAAAGUGUACACAAUGCAGAAAACUGUGAUGCUAAGGUAAUCAGAUAUAGCGUCAACACGACCAAUUCGUUCAGCAGAUGAUAAAGUAAUUUUUGAGCUCAGAGAUGGAAGAUUAGCAGAGAUGCAUCAACCAAAGGACUCCAAUUGGAAAUGGUCGAAGAUCAUUGCAACUCCUACAAGCUUAUGCAAGGAAACCUUCUGGGCUGCAACCGCAUCUUAAAACUGAAGAAUCUACGCCUGCAGAUCACAAGACAACAAUGCUAAAGCCUUAAUCCAAUUCUCAGCACAUUAGGUCGACCAGAAACUGCAGAUUACAAGAGCGCUUUAAAAUUUUCGUUUCACGUUGAUCAUGAUAUGACAUUAGAAGUAUAUGGAUUCUUCCCCUAUAAUAACAAGCAUAACUACAGAAGCUCA